UUGGAGGAGAAGCUCGGCCAAACAUCGCUACAAAAUUCGGGUCCUGAUCAUAAUUAACCUUAAAAUUUACAUAAAUCAAAUUUUGCUAAACAAAAUCGCCUCGUAAACAUUAAAACAAUGGUACUUAAAGACAAACACGUACGUGAAAAUAUCAACAUGGAUAAUCAUCGCCCAGUCACAACACUAACAAAUAAUCCCACCACAACUUUCACGACGCGUCGUGGCUACACAUUUUCAGCUACAACGCUCUUUCUGAUGGCUGCCUGCUUUGUGUGCAUCCUACUUGCGGUCAGUUUCAUCAUCUACAAUGUUGCAACGUGUGAACAGGAGCUAAAUCCGUUACCGGAUGAGGAAGUCAUUUGCACAACGGUAAAGAAGCAUAUACAGAAAUCGUUCACACCACAAGUGGCCAGCACGCUGACGCAUUAUGAACGCGACGUACGUUUGCCGCGUUCAAUAAAACCGCAGAAAUACAAUAUUUCCCUUGUGCCGCACCUGCUCAACAAUAAUUUCACAUUCGAAGGAGAGGUACGCAUACAAGUUUUGGUACUGGAAGACUGCUAUAAUAUUACCAUGCACGCGACCGAAUUGAAUAUCACCAAAAACGAUGUGACUGUACGUCGUAUUGGCAUGUCAACGGCGACGUCGACUUUGCAACCGGCUUUGGCAACGAACGCUCACUACAUACCGGAAAUUGGCGGCGCUGAACUGAGGAUACGAAAACAAUACAUGCUUGAAGCCAAGCAGUUUUUCAUCAUAGAUCUCUACGACAAACUAACAAAGGGUGGCGUGUACGAGAUAAGCAUCCGGUUCAGCGGUCUAAUACAGGACUAUUUGCAGGGAUUCUAUCGCAGUUCGUAUCAAGUGGGCAACGAAAAGCGCUGGCUAGUUUCAACACAAUUUCAAGCCACUGAUGCUAGAAGAGCAUUUCCAUGCUUCGAUGAACCAUCUUUAAAAGCGAACUUCACAUUAAAAAUAGCCCGUCCGCGCAACAUGUCCACAGUGUCUAAUAUGCCCAUUGUGUACACAAAAAAUCAUGAAUAUCUUACCGAUUAUGUAUGGGAUCAAUUUGCCGAAACCUUACCUAUGUCCACUUACUUGGUGGCCUAUGCAAUUUCGGACUUCAAACACAUCUCCGAUGGUAAUUUCUCGGUAUGGGCACGCAAGGAUGCCAUACAAUCAGCCAACUAUGCACUUAGCGUUGGACCGAAAAUACUUAAAUUUCUUGAAGAAUUUUUCAAUCUGCCCUUCCCGCUGCCGAAAAUUGAUAUGAUAGCGAUACCAGACUUUCAAGCGGGAGCCAUGGAGAAUUGGGGCCUGAUAACCUACAGGGAGACCGCAAUGCUCUAUGAAGAGGGCGUUUCGGCUACAACGAAUAAGCAACGUAUUGCCAGUGUUGUUGGCCACGAACUGGCCCAUCAGUGGUUUGGCAAUUUGGUAACACCCAGUUGGUGGGCUGAUAUUUGGCUCAAUGAGGGAUUCGCCAGCUAUAUGGAAUACUUCACUGUGGAUGCGAUUCAUCCGGAGUGGAAGCCACAGGAUCAAUUUGUAGUGAAUGAAUUGCAGAAUGUAUUCCAGUUGGACGCGCUUUCAUCAUCGCAUAGAAUCUCAGUAGAAGUAUUCAACCCAGAUGAAAUUUCAGAGAUUUUCGAUCGUAUUUCUUAUGCCAAAGGUUCGACCAUCAUACGCAUGAUGAACCAUUUCUUAACUACGAAAGUAUUUCAACGUGGAUUAAGCAAGUAUUUAAAAGAAAUGGCUUACAACUCCGCUGAACAGGAUGAUUUGUGGCGCUUUUUAACUAUAGAAGCCAUUGCAGCUGGCCUGCUAGACCGAAACACCACUGUUAAAAAGAUUAUGGAUACGUGGACUUUACAAAUCGGUUACCCUGUACUCACCGUUACACGUUAUCCGAAUACGCAUGCCAUCCGCAUGGAGCAACAGCGUUUUAAAUUUUCAAAUCAGUCCGACUCGCAAUACUCUGCUGAGGAUAGAAAUCCCCUCUGGUGGAUACCAAUUACAUAUACAACUUCGAAAGAGUUGAAUUUCGAAAAUACACGGCCCAUCACUUGGGUGCCACGCAGCGAAGUUUACGAAAUUGAAGAUCGUAAUCUCUCCACUGCGGAUUGGUUUAUCUUUAAUAUCCAACAAACUGGAUAUUAUCGUGUCAAUUACGAUGCUUAUAACUGGAAAGCUAUUACAGCUCACCUAAUGCAGCCACAGAAAUAUAGAAACAUAGGUCCAGCGAAUCGUGCACAAUUAUUAGACGACGCAAUGAAUUUGGCACGUGGUGAAUAUUUGAGCUAUGAAACAGCAUUGAAUAUGACGCGGUAUCUCAAUCAUGAAUUGGAUCUGGUGCCAUGGAAGGCUGCUAUAAACGCAUUUAAUUUCAUCGAUUCGAUGUUGGUUAAUCAGGGCGACUACGAUCUGCUGAAGGUGAGUCACUUGAUGAGAUUGCAUGCAAUUAAAGAUAAAGAGGAAGAUGCGUGUCAGUCCCGAAAUACAUACUUGAACAAAGGAAACCAGGCCUCUCGUCACUUUCUAAACAAAGAGAGUUUUGGUAUUGUUGAGGAUUAGCGUUAGGUUUUCUCCAUGCGAUCGGACGUAAAAUUAGUUAGUGAAUCUCUUUCCAAAGUCAUGAACACUGCACUCGUGGUUAAUUUCUUUCGAAUAUAUACUUUGAGGCUAGUUACUAGAGAUUAAAACUCGAUUUGUGGAUUUGAAG